AAAUAAACUCGGACAUAUUUGCCGUCUCAAAACUCGAAACUCAAAAUCUCCGGCAAGAGCGAUAAAGACAACAAAUGAAUCCAUUUCCUCCGCCGCCACCACUACCACCCCCACCGUCCUCCACCUUUCCGCCGCCGCCGCCACCACCAUACUUUCACCAGUCCACCCCUACUCCUACUCCCACCACUACUCCUCCUGCAUACGAUCUUCGCACUGCUCUCUCAACCCUCACGUCUCUCCUCAGUCUCUCAUCAACCACUCUCCACUCUCUCUCUUCCCUUCUCCCCACCCCGCUCUCCCCCUCUCAAAUCCUAAACCCAUGCCCUUUCAAUCUCAACCAUCAUCUCCCCCUUUCUUCUCUCUUCUCUCACUCCCUUCAUUGCCCAACACCUAUUCCCUCCAAUCACAUCGAAACCCUAACCCAAAACCUCAAAUACCCCGACACCCUUCAGUCCUCCUCAAAUCCCAACCCCUUUACUUUACCUUUACACGAUUCACAAUCUGACCUUUGCUUCUCUCUCGAAACAUACCUUGAUUUUGAUACUGAAAAUCCCACUUCCUUCUAUUCUGAUUGUCCUGGUGUUGUUUCUUUCCCCAUUAAAGGUGAAAAUGCUGCUCCUCCAAUGCUCACUUUGCCUGCUGUUUUAUCUUCAGAAUGUGCUAAUUUUGGUAAAAAUUUGAUGUCGUUUUCAAAUGAAUCGAUCAGGUUUCUUCCUUCGGAGUUAUAUGCAAUUAUGAAUGAAACUAAUUGUUGGAGUGAUUUUCCAUUUAUGUAUUCAUAUCGCGUUCUUCGUGUGAUUUUGGGAUUAGGGAUGAGCAGUGUCGAGUGUUUGUCUACAUGGGUAGUAGCUAAUUCGGGUAGGUGUUAUCGUAUUGUGCUCGAUUUAGCAAUGAGGGAUCAUAUGCUUGUUCUGUUUAAGCUUUGUUUGAAGGCUAUUAUUAGGGAAGCUAUUGAUUUAGCUAGUACAUUUUACAAUGAAGAAGCUGAGGGAUCGGAUUUGAGUGGACGGAGUUUUAAGUGUCCGGUACUAGUUCAGGUUUUGAUGUGGUUAGCAACCCAGCUUUCUGUGUUGUAUGGGGAAACGAAUGGGAAAUUAUUUGCUAUCAAUAUGCUGAAGCAAUGUAUCUGUGAUUGGGCAUUUAGUUCUUGUAUGUUCAAUGAAUCUACUGAUACGAAAAGAGGGGAUGGAAAUGUUGAAGAGUCACAGGAAAGUGGUGAGCCACUUAAAAGUAGGAUAGAGAAUGAGGGGACAAAUAUAUCAGAUGAAGCACUCUGUAAAAGCCCGAUUUUUGUUUCCCAAGUUGCAGCAGCUGUUGCAGCGUUGCAUGAACGAUCUAUGCUUGAAGAAAAUCUCAAAGCACUGAGGAAUUUACCAUCACUUCCAGCUUACCAACGAUCGAUGGAGCACUCUUACAUUUCAAAUAAAGCAGACGAGGAACGGCAAAAACGCCCUAAUUACAGAGCUCUGCUUGAACAUGAUGGAUUUCUCUGGCAGCAUUCGCGAAAUAAUCAGGACACAAAUAGAACAAAGACUAGAGAGGAAUUAUUAGCUGAGGAAAGGGAUUACAAACGUAGAAGAAUGUCAUAUCGUGGAAAAAAGUUGAAACGGUCAACAACACAGGUUAUGAGGGAUAUAAUUGAGGAAUACAUGGAGGAAAUCAGGCAAGCAGGUGCCAUCAAUUGCCCAACAAAAGGAGCUGAAGAGUCCAAACUUCCACUUUCUGCAACUUACAGAACGGAUACAUCUUAUAUGGAUAAAGCUGAGUUUGGAAAGAGGCAGCUGAAUUCAUCUGCUUUAAGCAAAGGAAGGGAAGGUGGUUAUGGGAAAGAGUUUCAUACUGAUGGAGAAGUCCAUUCAGCAGAAUUCAAAGAUGAUUAUUCUGCAAAUAUGGAAAGAGGAUCUCGGUCGCAUCAUCGACUUUUAGUGGCAGAGAGAAGUAAUGGGAGGUCCAGACAGGACCCAAAAGAUUACUCUAGAAGCCCAAAUCAGCGAGAGGGUAGUGCCUACUCACGUGAAUCAACAAUCACCCAAGAGAAGAGAGACUAUUCCAAAGAUUCUAGAGAUAAUUUUUCCAGAAGCUCCAGCAGAAGCUACCACAAAUCACAUGAGAAAAGUAGUUCAUGUAGGGAAAGAAGUGAUCGUAAUUCUGACAUCAAGAAACGGAAGACAAGGGAUGCUUCUGUUGAUUUUGAUGACCGAUAUGAUCCAUCAAAAUCUUAGAAGAACUUUGAGAAAAUGUCUGAGUGUUGCAGCUACUUCAAGCAGUCGGGCUAAUCUGGAGAUGUGUUGACAUUGGGACGGUAUCACCUUCAGAAUUUCCUGCGACUGGUUCUUUUUGUGUCUACUGGUCAAAUCGACUAGUAGGAAGUCAUGCAGGUGUCUGCAGUCUAUCCUCUUCUGUAUCCUUCCAUGUAUCCUUUAUAUUAAUUCUUUUUGACAUUGUCUUCUUAGCUUUACUAUUGUUCUUCCUUCUUCCCCCACACAAAGAAAUGAAUUCUCUCUUGGAUUUUCAAGGGGGCUUAGUUUUAUGGCUAGAGAACCAGUGGUAACGUUCUUCCUGUGCACAUCAUAUAGUAAGUUAGUUUUAUUUGUCAUAAUGCUGGCUAUAACUUGACCUAAAUUGUAAUUAUUUGUUGCGGAGUUCCUUUUUCUUUCUGAGCACAAUUGUGCAUAGCUCUAAUGCUUAAACUUUUGGUUUGCUUGAUUGUGGCUUCAGUGUACAAGCGUAAACACAAUUUAUUAAGGAAAUAUUUGCUUGGUUCACAACUGGGUGAAGUAUCUGGUUCUUGGGGCCUCAAAACAUAGCUUCAAGCAUGUUGAAGAUCCAGUUAUGAGAUUUGCUUGUAUAACUGUUCAGUACUAUACAGGAAUAUUGCAUAGUACUAUGGUAGCAAUAUUUUUUAACUUUACAUAUGGGUAAGUAUCAUGUAUACUAGUCAUAUUACGGAGGACAUACUGGGUAGAAGACUAUGCUUGAUGCAGCUUCAGGUGUAGUAGACCUUUCUAGUUGCAAUCUUAUUGUUUUUGUACUUUCAAUGGUAGACUUGGAAAGUGGGGCAGUCACACCCAAUCUAAUUGUUUUUUGUAGUUUUAAUGGCAGAACUCAGAACACACAUCAAAAGAUGGAUUCUUGUAGAUAGUCAAUAGUAACACACAGCUGAAGCCUUCAGCAUCUCUUAAUCAGUUGUAGUUGUUUUAGACAGGUCUUAUAGGAUUCAUAAGUUAAUGGUACCUGAAUUCUGCGAGUUAGAAGAAACUAGUUUUUUUCUUUUAGGAAUCUUUACCUGUUGAUGAAUAAGUGUUGAAUAAAAAAGCAUUUCAAGAAUGAGAUCAAGAUGCUGAUGCAUGUUCGACUGCUGUAUAUAUUCUUGCUUUGUUUAAUUGUAAAUCGAUGUACUUGUCAAAUAAAAAAAUAUAUUGUGCGUCGAUUUACAAGUAUAAACACAAUUUAAUUUAAGUUUGUCUUAGUUCACAUGGUUGGUUCACAUCUAGUUAACAGGCUUAUGUCUGUUGAAGAUGACAUCAAAUAUUAUAAAGGAUAUUACACAAGUUUCAUGGUUGCAGUGUUUUUUGCUAAAUGCAUAUGGGCAAGUAUCGUGUACAUCAGAUAUGUUGCAGAAGGUUCUAGGUAGAAAAUAUUCACCUGAUACUGGUUCAGGUGUAGAGUUUUCAUGUUGCUAUCUAAAUGUUUUUGUACUUCAAAUUGCAGACUUAGAAAGUGGCGGAAACAACAAAAGAUGGAUUUCCUGAAGAAGUCAUUAAACUAAGGCCCAACUGUAGCCUUGGGAGCUUGAAGUAUUUCCUAAUUAGUUUACAAAGGAUUUAGUGGAUACCAAAAUUAGGCAUUAUUCCUAGUAUACAAUUUAAAUGCCUUGGGAUCAUUCAUUUACACACGAAAAUAUGUUCCUUGUUUAGUAUGUACGUUUGCCUACCAAUUGCAUCGAUUAUUUUGACAUGUAUCUUCCAAGUUUGUAUCUGUUACUUUAUACGGGCUGUUGCUUUAUAUAUCAUAUUCAUUGGAGUCC